ACUCUUCCCCUUUUUCUCUCCUAGGUAACACCCGCUCGUCAAGCGCCGCCUCUUCUUCCGCCAGACGCCUUUCUUCUUCCUCGUGCGACGCCGGCCAUCCCAAUCGCGGGCAGCCUCCUCCACCAGCCGUCCUACCUCCCGACGGAAGCCCUCUCCUCUUCUCUUUUUUCUUACCGUACCGUCGCAGCCGCCGUCGCCGAUCGAAAGUGGAGGACAGCGGCUGCUGACCUCCCCUUCCCUCUCCUUCUCCCUCCCAAUCUCCUUUCCUAUUCGCGCCCGUUCAUCCACGCGCACACGGCACCUUCUUCUCUCUUCUUCUUCUUCUAAAUCAGUAUAUCGAGGGUUUCCUCCACUCCGUAGCAGCGCAUCUUCGUCCCUUCGUGUACGUUAUGUAUUGAAUCAACAUGGCCGAGAUCUUUGAGUGCACUGCUCACAGUAUUGCGUUCACCAAUCUGGUUAUGAAUUAGUUCAGACCUUAGCAGUAACGAUUGGCAAUGUGGAAUUUAACUCGACAAUGAGUCUAUUAUUAUUAAUGCAAUAAGCAAUAGGCAUGAAUCUCCUUUUAUUCAACUUUUAAUGCUUUAUGUAUUCAUUUAUGCAAGGUUCGUUUGGAUUUGAUGCAAUGACAUUCAAUGGUUCAGAGGUCCAUACCAGGCUUCAGCAUCUCCUUGUUCAACUCCAAAUUGAGGCUGGAGUCCUUGAUCGAAUUGUCUACAGGAACAAGAACCAACAUCGACAUGGCUCUUACUUUCAAUAUCUCUUAAAGGUGAGAAGAGACUUGAAUCUUCUUCAUUCUACUGAGUUAGGGCGAAUACUGAAAAUGCUCUUUCCCAUUAUUGAUGGGAAAAAACCUGCUCGAAUGGCGAUUGUCCCCACACGUUUAAAGUCAAACGGCAUUGGCUCAAAUCACAAUUUGAAAAAUCGCCUAUUAGGAUGUGCACGUUUAUUAUCUCAGAUGACAGAACCAAUACUCAAGGCAGCAAUUCAGAUAUCCUUAUUGCUUGCUAAAUCAUUUUUCUCGGGAUUUUGUAUCACUGUAAUGGCUUUGCUUGCGCGUCUCAGGGUUCUUGUUCAGCAGAUGCUACAAGACGUGGUUAUGGUUUUCAACAAGGUUUCAUUUCUUACUACUGAAAAGCAAUCUAUAAAACUAUCUCAAGAUGGCGUAGAGGUUUACAGGGAAUUCCACCGUUCAGUACAUAAGAGGAUUGUUUUGGAAUGUGUUUGGAAAGGAGAUAAAUAUUUCUUGCUUGAGAGGACAGAAAAUAAGGAGGAUGAAACCAGAGAAGAAGAUAUACAAGCUACUCCAUCCUCCACUACAACUAUUCAUUACAGAACAUUAGAACUCUUUGAUGAAGAGGAAGAAACCUCAUGUCCACCGACAGAUGCAACUAAUUCGUCCCAAGCCCAAGUGGAUAAAUUUACUGCAACUACUGAGGCAGCAACAGGGAAUGUGCCUGUGGAACCCCAAACUCAAUCGAGAAGGAAGGUGGCCUUUGUUUCAGUGAAAAGACCUGCUGCUGCUGCUUCUAACUCAAACGAACCUGUCAAAAUUCCAAAACUUGACUUGGUUUCAAACAAUUCCCUAGAAACUGUCGAUCCAUUUUUAGAUCUACUCUUUUCUGGAAUAAACAGCUCUUGUGCUACAAACAAGUAAUCGUAUACCUUUGGUUGGACUACAAUUUGGGGCUUAAUGAAAGAGGGGAAAUGGAAGAAGCAACAAAUAUAUAUCUAA